AUGGAGACUUUGACUUCAAGGCAUGGAGAAAGAGCUCUUCAUUCUCAGGCCUCAGCCCUUUCCCAAGACGGGGAGGAUAACACCAACUUCCAGGAGUCAUUGACCUUCAAGGAUGUGGCUGUGAUCUUCACUGAGGAGGAGCUGGGGCUGCUGGACUCUGCCCAGAGGAAGCUAUACCGAGAUGUGAUGCUGGAGAACUUCAGGAACCUGGUCUCUGUGGGAGGCAAGAGUGGAAAGGAUAUGGAGUAUGUUCAAGAAAAAGAAUUAAGAUUCCUUUCACACAAAGAACUCUCCUACUGGAAAAUGUGGGAACAGGUGGCCGGUGAAGUAGUAGGGAGUCAAGACCCCAGAGUACAUCUGCAAGGGAAGGAAGUCCAGUUCUCAGAAGGUGCCGCUCCCUGUCAAGGGUGGGACAUAGCACCUGCUCAGGGUUUUCAGGUCAAGAAUUCGGUGGACGGUCUACCAGGGGAUGGGCCCAUCAAUUUAGAAAAUCAAGAGUUUCCAGGCUGGAAACUUUCCAUUCGAGAAUCUUGGACAAAGGCCUUUGUAGAUGAGCCAUGGAAUAUUCAAGAUAGGUAUACAAAACUCGGCGCAGAAGACACAGUAUGUAAAUGUGAUGGGGAUGAUUUCAGCUUCCACUGCAGAUCACAUUGUCACGAUGACCACAGAUUACCUGAAAGAGACAAACUAUGUAAUUGCAAUACAUGUAGAAAAGACUACGUUAAGAAGUCAAUAAUUCAUCACCCUAAUUCUGGAGAAAAUGGCUUUAAAAGCAGCGAAUUUAGAAAUGGCUUCAGGAACGAUCUAAACCUUCCCACUCAUACAAGAGUGCCCUUGAAAGAGAAACCCGAUAAAUAUUAUGAGUUUGGUAAGGGCUUGAGGCAGUGUGCCUGUCCUGACAGACAUCAGAGAAUUCCCAUAGGAGAGAAAGUCUUUAAAAGUCUUGAGCAUGGUCGGGUUGUCAGAUUUAACACGUGCAUCGACAGCUGUCCCAGAGUCCCUGUGGGAGAGAUGCCCUACAGGUGUGAUGUCUGUGGGAAGGGGUUCAGGUAUAAAUCAGUUCUUCUUAUUCAUCAAGGUGUGCACACAGGAAAGAAACCCUAUAAAUGUGAGGAGUGUGGGAAAGCCUUUGGUCGAAGCUCAAACCUGCUCGUGCACCAGAGGGUCCACACCGGAGAGAAACCAUAUAAAUGCAGUGAGUGUGGGAAGGGCUUCAGUUAUAGCUCAGUGCUUCAAGUCCAUCAGAGGUUGCACACUGGGGAGAAGCCCUACACAUGCAGUGAGUGUGGCAAAGGAUUCUGUGCCAAGUCUGCUCUGCACAAGCAUCAGCAUGUCCACGCGGGAGAAAAGCCCUAUAGCUGUAGUGAGUGUGGAAAGGGGUUCAGUUGUAGCUCCCACCUCAGCAGCCAUCAGAAAACACACACAGGCGAGAGACCCUACCAGUGUGACAAUUGUGGUAAAGGUUUCAGUCACAAUUCACACCUUCAGGCUCAUCAGAGGGUUCACACGGGGCAGCGCCUCUACAAAUGCGAUGUGUGUAGUAAGAGUUUCAUGUACAGCUCAGGGCUUCUCAUGCACCAGAGACUGCACACCGGAGAGAAACCCUACAAAUGUGAAUGUGGGAAGGGCUUUGGCCGGAGCUCAGACCUCCACGUCCAUCAGAGGGUCCACACGGGAGAGAAACCCUACAAAUGCAGCGAGUGUGGUAAGGGCUUCCGGAGGAAUUCAGACCUUCACAGUCACCAGAGGGUCCACACGGGAGAGAGGCCUUACAUAUGUGAUGUGUGUGGGAAGGGCUUUAUUUACAGUUCUGACCUCCUCAUCCAUCAGAGGGUCCACACGGGUGAGAAACCCUAUAAAUGUGCUGAGUGUGGCAAAGGCUUCAUUUACAGCUCAGGGCUUCUCACUCACCAGAGAGUCCACACAGGAGAGAAACCUUACAAAUGCAAAGAGUGUGGAAAGGGCUUUAGGUGCACCUCAAGCCUUCACAAACAUCAGCGAGUGCAUACGGGAAAGAAACCCUAUAAGUGUGAUCAGUGUGGCAAGGGAUUCAGUUAUGGCUCCAAUCUUCGUACCCACCAGAGGUUGCACACAGGAGAGAAACCCUACACGUGUUACGAAUGUGGAAAGGGCUUCAGAUAUGGCUCAGGUCUUCUGAGUCAUAAGAGAGUGCACACUGGCGAAAAACCAUAUAGAUGUGAUGUGUGUGGGAAGGGCUAUAGUCAGAGCUCCCAUCUUCAAGGUCAUCAGAGGGUCCAUACUGGUGAGAAGCCCUAUAAAUGUGAGGAGUGUGGGAAGGGCUUUGGUCGCAGCUCCUGUCUUCAUGUCCAUCAAAGAGUCCACACUGGCGAGAAGCCCUAUAAGUGUGGGGUGUGUGGGAAGGGCUUCAGUUACAGCUCAGGUCUGCGGAACCACCAGAGAGUGCAUUUAGGCAAGUCACCUUACAAGUAG